AUGUCCUGUUUGCCCAAGAUAUGGAAGGAGGAACGUCCCAGGUGUAAAUCUGAAAUAGGUGUCGUGUCGUUUAAAUGUCCGUGAACGUAUAUAGGUAACAAUAAAUAUAUACGGGUGGGAGUUUUCUGUUUACCUUGAGUCACGUGACCUUUAAUUGCAGAGGGACGGGUACUUGUGAGAGUUUAUAAAAUGCCGACAUGCCGGUUUCAGAGAUAUACCUGUCAAAUAUCGAUAGGAAGCACCAAGGGCAGACAACAGGGAACAUCGGGUGGCACACUGACAGAGACUGUUAACAAGAUGGCAGACGACAAGAAAGAUAAAAAGGAAGAGGCGAAGGAAAAGGCGAAGGAUGAGAAAAAAAUAGAGAAAAAAGAGGAAAAGAUGGAUAAGAAAACAGAAGAAAAGAAGGAUGAGAAAAAAGUAGAGAAAAAAGAGGAAAAGGUGGAUAAAAAAACAGAAGAAAAGAAGGAUGAGAAAAAAGAAGAGAAAAAAGAGGAAAAGGUGGAUAAGAAAACAGAAGAAAAGAAGGAUGAGAAAACAGAAGAAAAAGUUGGUGCUAAUGACGACAGGAAGUGGCCGAUGAGUUAUCAGGAAGAAAUGGAAUAUCUUACACAGUUUGAAGGUGUGACACAUAAACAAAAACUUUCAUAUCUAAAUUUCUUCAAAAUGGCUGAUACUUCAAAAGCUGGUGAGAUAACAGUGUUUCAAUUCAGAGAUGCUGUUGUGAAAUUAGGAUUCUGUGGCCAGACGUUUGAAGUUGCAAGCAUGUUCGUCGACCUGAACCCAAACGAGGACAGAUUUGUAUCAAUAGACGAGUUUAUGACCGAGAUGUGCAAGGAGGACAGUCGAAAACGAACGGAGAAAGACAUGGAGGCGAUUUUCAACCAGCUUGAUGCUAAAAAAGACGGCCUGAUCACGCCUGAUGAAAUUGUCACAUUUCUGAAGAAAAACAAUCGCUUCAUGCUUGACGAGAAUAUUCAGUCGAUGAUAAUGAAAAACGAUCACGAUCGCGAUGGUGGAUUGUCGUUUAAAGAAUUCUUAGUGGCCGCAACACGGAAGUGACCUUUCGGAAGCUGAAGUGACGUUUAUAUU